CUUGUUUACUAGAAAAAGCGUGCUUGUGGUACGAGUUGGCAACAGUGUAACCAUUUAUCCCUAAAUUAUAUUAAUAUGGGGGUUGAAUUACUAUGGAAAAGUUCAUUUUAAAACUUGCUAGCUAAUAACGACCCGGCUUUAUCUGGUCUAUGUUUAGUUAUGGUUAAUUUAAGCUCUGUAGCAUUGUAGAACUUAGGCUAGCUAAACUAGCUGUCAACCAGCUUAGUUUUGUCUAAUUGACCAUAAUAUUAAGUUUCCUUCAUGUUUGGGUGUUUUAGCGGAAUUAAAAUCAACUUUAACCAGCAGCCAUGAGGUCUUUGAACUAUGUCCAGCGGGUCAGUUUGGAUUUUACAGGAACUCUGUUUCCUCACGCGAUCUGUUUGGGAGACGCAGACAACGACUCGUUGAACGAGCUGAUUGUAGGAGACACCAGUGGAAAGCUUCUUGUUUACAAGAAUGAUGAUUCCAAACCCUGGAUCACAAGAACCUGUGUGGGCAUGCUAACCUGUGUUGCAGUCGGAGAUGUGUGCAACAGGGGAAAGAACCUUGUGGUUGCUGUGGGUGCAGAGGGAUGGUUUCACCUCUUUGACUUGACAGCCGCCACUGCAAGUAAAUUAGAUUCAUCCAGCCAACAUGAAUUCCAGCCACCUGAUGACCAGAGGCCGUUCUUCACCCAACAUAUCCCCGCCAACACUAAAGUCCUCCUCAUCAGUGAUAUUGAUGGAGAUGGACGCUGUGAGCUUGUGGUGGGAUACACAGACCGAGUGGUGCGAGCUUUCCGUUGGGAAGAGCCAUCUGACAGCUCAAAUGGAGGACUGGGUCAGCUGGUUCUGCUAAAGAAAUGGCUUCUGGAGGGUCAGGUAGACAGUUUGUCUGUGAAUCCUGGUCCAGAGGGUUUACCGGAGCUGAUGGUGUCUCAACCCGGAUGCGGCUAUGCCAUCCUGCUCUGCACCUGGACUCAACAGGACUCCACUGAAUCUGAGGAGGAUGCCCCUGCCACUCCGGGGAGUGAGGGGCCUUCCAGAGACGUAGUUCUUCAUCUGACCACCGGGCGGAUCCACAACAAGAACGUUUCCACUCAUCUCAUUGGCAGCAUAAGCAAAGGUUCAAAAGAAGAAUCCUCUAAAUGUGGCCUGUUUGCACUCUGUACUUUAGAUGGAACCCUGAAGCUGAUGGACAGCUCGGAGCAGCUGCUGUGGUCGGUGCAGGUGGAUCAUCAGCUUUUUGCCCUGCAGAAGCUCGAUGUCACUGGAGACGGCAGAGAGGAAGUGGUGGCGUGCGCUUGGGACGGUCAAACCUACAUCAUUGACCACAAUCGGACCGUGGUGCGCUUCCACUUUGAUGAGAACGUCAACGCCUUCUGUGCCGGUCAGUAUACAUGUAAGGAGGGGAAAAACAGUCCCUGCCUGGUGUACGUCAGCUUUAAUCAGAAAAUCUACAUCUACUGGAAGGUCGAGCUGGAGCGUAUGGAGUCCACCAACCUACUGCGAGUUCUGGAGGAGAAGCCAGAGUUUAGAAGCCGUCUUAAGGUGCUAGGAGUCGAUGCGGAGGAUUCGGGUGCAGUGAGAGACCUGGUGGCAAAUGUUCUCUACCAGGAUGCACAGACGUAACACAGCAACAUAUGUCACCACACUGCCGCCUUUGUUUACCCCCUUAAUGUAAAUACUCCACAAAUAAACACUGUUUGUCCCCCA